AUGAUAGAUUCAGAUAAUCAAACUCUUUACGGCAUUCUUCUACAGAAUGCUGAAACAGUAGCGUUAGUCUCUCCCCGCCAUGGUAAUGGGCAUCAAACGACAGCAAUUACCGUGACCUCACUCAAAGUUGGUGACAAGGUUUUGCUAAGAGUGCAGGGAGGUGCUCGGCACACAGGAAUAGAAAUUCAAGAAUUCAUCGUUGAGAAAUGA